GGAAUCUGAAGGAACAAAAACGAAUAAUGGAAUUCAAUAUCGACUUCAGUUGCUUUAUGCUAAUGGUGUACGACAAGAGCAAGAUAUCUACGUGAGGCUUAUCGAUUCAGUUACUAAACAAGCAAUCAUAUAUGAAGGGCAGGAUAAGAAUCCAGAAAUGUGCCGCGUGCUACUUACGCAUGAAGUGAUGUGCAGCCGAUGCUGCGACAAGAAAAGUUGCGGAAACCGUAACGAAACUCCCUCAGAUCCUGUGAUAAUAGACAGAUUCUUUCUUAAAUUCUUCUUAAAGUGCAAUCAGAACUGCCUAAAAAAUGCUGGCAAUCCAAGGGAUAUGAGAAGAUUUCAGGUUGUCAUUGCAACGCAAGUGUCGGUGGAAGGGCCUUUACUGGCGAUUUCGGAUAAUAUGUUUGUACAUAACAACUCGAAGCACGGAAGGCGAGCGAAGAGACUGGAUCCCUCCGAAGGUUUAUACCCUCCGCUACCUGUAGCAACCCCCUGCAUUAAAGCCAUUAGUCCUAGUGAAGGGUGGACAUCGGGUGGAUCGACAGUUAUAAUUGUCGGAGACAAUUUCUUCGAUGGACUACAAGUCGUAUUUGGGACCAUGUUAGUUUGGAGCGAGCUUAUUACACCUCACGCAAUACGAGUUCAAACACCACCAAGGCACAUUCCUGGUGUUGUAGAGGUGACAUUGUCCUAUAAAUCUAAGCAGUUCUGUAAAGGAGCGCCGGGUCGAUUUGUUUAUGUUUCACUAAAUGAACCGACAAUAGAUUACGGAUUUCAAAGGUUACAAAAACUCAUUCCAAGGCAUCCAGGUGAUCCAGAAAAGCUUCCCAAAGAAAUUAUUUUAAAGAGGGCAGCGGACUUGGCCGAAGCCCUUUAUACAAUGCCUCGAAAUAAUCAGUUAUCGUUAACAGCGCCGAGAUCGCCGACAAUGGGGAAUAACGGAAUGACUUCUACCUUUAACACAUACACUGGGCAAUUAUCGGUCAGCGUUCAGGACAGCGGAAACGGUCAGUGGACAGAAGGUGCUUGUCCUUCAUUGCUUUACUAG